ACUCCAGCUUAGAGUGUGAGAGAUCCGUCCCGGUGGGAGGGACCCGGGCUCGUGGGGGACGGAUGGGGGAACAAGGGGGAGUGGGGCUGGGGAAGCUUCUGGGAACGUUUGCUCUAGGGAUUGAGCUAAACUAAGAAAAAUUGGUCCAAGGCUCGGCACAAAAGGAUCUUUUCACGCUAGUCCUUUCGCCCACGCAGGGAACGAUGCCUCUGGAGGUGGUGGUGGAGCUGCAGAUCCGGGCGAUUUCUUGCCCAGGGGUGUUCCUGCCUGGCAAGCAAGAUGUGUACCUCGGGGUCUACCUCCUGAAUCAGUACCUGGAGACAAACAGCUUUCCUUCUGCGUUCCCCAUUAUGAUUCAGCAAAGCAUGAGAUUUGAAAAGGUAUUUGAAAAUGCAGUAGAUCCUGGAGCUGUAGCAGACAUUUUGGAAAGCUCCCUAACCAGGUUUGAAUUAAUACAGCUAGUUCCUCCAGUGUGGGAUGAGUUGGCCUGCUAUGAAGAAAACACACGGGAUUUUCUUUUCCCUGAGCCCAAGCUGACACCUUUAUAUCCUAGGAGGUAUAGGGAGGUGCUCAUGAAGACGGCUCUAGGUUUUCCAGAAGAAAGACAUGAGUCACGAAGGCCUUUAUUUACAUCACAUGAACCAAUAUUAAAUACUAUAAAGAUGAAACCAAAGGAGAAUAAUCUCAAUAGACUGCCCAAAGGCAUGCAAGCCCGGGCUCCCUCUCCAUAUUCUACCAGGCGUUUCUUCCAGGACCAGCCAGCUCAGUUGAACCUUGGAAAUAAUUUCAAAAUCUUUGGAGGAAGCAAGCCUCCAUUCGUUGUUAGACAUGUGGACAGUGCAAAGCCCUUUGGUGAGAAUAUUUCAGAGCAUCAUUUGAGGAGGUCUAGAAGAAAAUCUAAGUUUUCAGACUUUCCGUUUCCAAUGAGAAGAGCUUCUUCUCUUGACAGCCUUGCAGCUAACAUAAAGAUUAUUAAAGAGCCAGAUGAACGGAUUGUUUUAAGGAGCGAGUCAACAUCACAUUUAGAUUCAAGUAAAUUUGGAAAGCCCUCACCCAGUAAACAAGGGGAUGCCAGUUUCCAUGGGAAAGCUUCAUUUUCUACCUCCCAGCACUCCAGAUCUCCUGGCCCCCUGGAUCAGCCCCUUCUCCGAAAAAGGUUCCAUCCUGGUUCUCAGUCCACAUGGAAGAAUAUCCAUGAGAGGGUAUGCAGUCUUCUGACAGCCCACAGAGCUCAGCAGCACAAAAACAAGGAAGAUUCUACGUCUGAAGUAAAUUAUAUCAUCGAAAGACAAAGCUACCCUCUGAAGCAAUACCCACUGCGUGAACAGAGAUAUUUUUAAGCUACUGUCUUAUAUAAGUAAGCAGCUUAAGUGCUUUUCCUUAUCUUGAUUUGCUAAAAGACUUUCAGUUUCAUCCUUUCAAUAUGAAGUAACUAGAAAGUUUGGAGGAUGGGAGACUUGGAAGAGACCCAAGAACCAUGUUCUUUCCUCACUCUAUAUAAUAAUGGCAGUGCAUGUGUCUUCCAGCUCUCUUGAUUCCUCUUGUAAUCAUUUCCCCUGACCCCAACAUCACCCUUUAUCUAAUGGACCUUCCAGCCUUCUUUCAGUUCUUUGAACACGAGCUCUUUCCCGCUGUGGGGUCUUUGUACAUGUUGUUUUCUACAUCUGGACUAUGUCUUCCUGACUCUGCUUGGAUAACUCCUAUUUGUCCUUCUAGCCUCAUGACUUUCUAUGACACAACACUCCCUCUCCCUCUGAUAUGUACCCUUUAGCACCCUGCAUUUUUCCUUCGUAAAUUAUGACACAAUUUAUUAUUAUAUUUGAUCUGGGCUGAUUGUUUAAAAUUCAUCUCUUCUACCAGAAUGAAACCUUUAUGAGAUGAGGGAUCUGUGCCUGCUGCUCACUGCUUUAUACCCAGCAUUUAGUACUGUACAGUGGAAUCACAUUUAAUUUUUCAAACACAUGUACUAGGUGUGUGUACUGAACAAGAACCUGCCUUCCCACCUCCACCUUGCUGCUGUCCCUGUAUCACCUGAUCCUUCAUGAUGGUUGCUGCUCAGUAAAGAGUUUUUAUAAAUGUAUGUUGAAUGAGGUAACAAGGCAACUCUAGAAUUCAGAUUGGUGGCAAGUAGUUAGUCACAUUUUGGGACAUCAUUGUUUCUCAUAUGUUCUUUUCUUUUCCAUUUCUAACCCAGGCUCAGAAUAAUAUCGCCCUUCCUUAUAACAUGCGGCCUGAGUGCUGAGACUUGUCCACAUACUUCACGUAUAUUAAACAAGUUCAUAUCUAAUUCUCAGGACAAUCUGAUGAGAUAGGUACUAUCAUUAGUUUCAUCUUACAGAUAGGGAAACUGAGGCAUAGGUUAGGUCCGUUGCUCAAGGUGACAUGGCUAAUGAAUGGUGGAGCUGAGAAUAUGGACCUGGGUAGUGUGGCUUCAGAGAACAGCCUCUUAACCACUACAUUCUAUUGCAUUUCCAAAGCUAGAGUAUAAUCAUACAUGGAAAUCCAUGGGGAGAAAGAGGGCCCUUUGGAACCCAAGCAGAGUUUGUGGGCAUUGCCUUAAGAAGUCUCCCACUAGGAUCCUAUAGCUUUGUACUGUGUAGUCCUCAUUCAGCAGGAUCAGAAUAAUUAUGCGUCUUUCUAAACAGUAAAGGAGUGUGGGAUGACCUGCUAAAUUUUCAUUGUAGUCUGGCUCCUGAAAGUCUGGUUUGAGGGUCACUCGUGCUUUAUAGCACAAAUCGGCUUACCCUAGGGGUGGCCAGGGCUCCCCACCUUUAGCACAGAAGAAGGUGCAGGACAGCUAAGUAAUUGCCCAUUCUGCAGGCUUCUACCUUAGAACAUUCUGCUUGCUAGAUUAAAGGAUGGAUUCUGGGCCAUUUACUCUCUGGUUACCAAAAUAGCCAUCUAGGCAAUUACUUAGGUAGUUAUGGGAACAUAGGCCACAUGAUUACCAAAUGCCAAAUUUUGUUGAAUUUCAGCAUGGGUAAUAUCAAGUUACAUAGAGCCCUGAACCAGCUGAUAUGUAUACUCUGAUGUUGGGGAUAGAGAGAAGGUAAGAAAAGAAAAAAAAAAAGCCA